CAUAAGAAAAAUUGUGACCAUUGGGUCAAUGGUUUUUCUGAAGUUGUGUCUUACUUCGGAUUCAUCAUGUCCCUCUCGUGGAUUUACUUCAUCUCUUCUGAAGUUGUGAACGUGGUCACCAUGUUUGGUGUUGUCUCACAGCUUUCACAUGAGGUUUUGGGCCUUACGAUACUCGCAUGGAGCAACAGCAUCGGCGACCUUAUCGCCGAUAUCUCCGUAGUCAAGCAGGGCUAUCCUCGUAUGGCCAUGGUGGCAGCCGUCGGCGGUCCAUUAUUCAGUAUUGCAGACCUUCUUGUUGGCUUUGGCGUUCCGUUUGUGAUCGCGAUUGUGAAUGGAAAAACAGUAACUGUGAGUACAAAACUGUGUGCCUUUAUGUAUUCUUUCCUUGAUAAGCUUACACGAGCAAUUUUUGUGCAGCGAUUCCACUUACGACGACCACACGCCUACUUGUUGGUCCUCGUCUACGUCUGCUUCAUCACAGUGAUUAUUCUGACGGAGACAAAUGAAGUUGUUUGGAAUUGA